GUAAAAUAAACAGCAAUUGUCAGCUGAUGUCAUUUUGAUUCAUCUUUUAAUUUUAAAAGAUCUUUUAUUUUACAUUUCGCAUAAAAUUCUUUGCUAUCACUACUUUAAGUUUAGCUCCGUUUCCUUAGAUAAUAUUCAUCACUAAAAUUUGACUGUUCUCAAAAAUUCAAAACUAAGAAUGAGUAGUACCGAGUAUGUUCAAAUUAAGGAUUUAAAGCCUGGUAUGAAGAAUAUUAACGCAAUAUUCAUAGUGUUAGAAGUUGGACCGCCGACAUUGACUAAGGAAGCGCGCGAGGUGCGUACGUUGCGCGUGGCGGACGCGUCAGCCUCUGUAAACUUGUCUGUUUGGGACGAACCCGGCGCGUUGCUGCAACCGGGCGACAUCGUGCGUCUCACGCGCGGCUACGCUUCCCUCUGGCGCCAGGCUCUCACUCUCUAUUCUGGCAAGUCAGGCGAUAUACAGAAAGUAGGAGAGUUUUGUAUGCUAUUCAAUGAACAAGUCAAUAUGAGUGAACCUCAGCCAGCUCCGCCGGCCGCCGCUGCGGGGCCUCAAGACAGAACGAACGGAGCUCACACUACAGGAAGGAAUGUAGCACCCACGUCGCAGGCGUCUGCAACAAGCACGCAACAAAUGCAGCCAAAAAAUGAACGGUUCAACCAAAACUCGCAAGAACAUAGCAACAAACACCAGCACAAGACAUAUGUGCGGGGCCGCGGGCACCAGAGGGGCAACAGCCGGCGGUAACCAUCACCACAGUAGCGUGCUGGCUACUUUUUAUAUACAAUAUGAACAUGAUAAGGACGAUCAAAGUAUGAGCUUGUUACCUCAUUAUGUUUUAAUUUGCAAAUCAUCUUGGACUUAUAAUGUCUGAUGCAUUGUUGCAUUUAAUGAGACAAAGGUGUUGCAUCAUAAGAUAAAUAAGCAUAUAUUUUUAGGAUUACAAUAUUUUACCUACAGAUUAUUUAAGUAUUCAUAGUGUAGAAUUCAUAUUAAUACAAUACAUAAAAGUUGAUAUUGUAAAAUCAUAUUAUUUCAUAUUUUGAAUCAAAACAUGUUAAAUUCAUUACAAUAAGUUUUUAUAUGUGUUGUAUAGAAAGAAAUAAUAUAUUAAAAUCUCUUGCUUCGGAAAUUCUUUUUUCUGGUUGUAAAAUAUUGUAUGUGCAACAUAAUUAAAAUGUUACAAAUGAAAUACAGAAAACAUGAUCGUAGCUAGACUGUGUCUGGGCACCGGGCAGGCACACUAAGUGCUAGACUGUGUCCGGGCACCGGGCAGGCACUCUAAGUGCUAGAAAUAUAAAUAUCAUGAAUACAUUUAUAUUGUAAUACAUUGAAUUUAAUUUUAAAGCCAAAAUCAUAUUAUGUAUUAAAAAAAUAAAAUGAACACAAAAAGAAAAUGCAACAUGUAUUUUUUAUUAUUGACCAAUGGCGGAUGAGACCCGUGCCUAUACAUGCAAUUAAUGUAUAUAAUAUAGGUAUAUUUAAUCUUAACCCCUUACCGCAUACAAAGCCAUAUAUGGACGACGAAGUUUAUGAAUUUUUUAAAGGCUAACUAUAAACAAUAUCUAAAAAAAUUACCUUACAUCUUAAACAGCAUUUCAUAGAGAAUUGGAAUGUGUUGGAAUUGGAAUUAAUUUAUACAGUGUAAAUAUUAUCCAUCAGAUAUAUUAUAGAUUUAGUCUAGCGCGUGCGACGGUUUGGGUGCGCGGAAAAAACUGUGAUUUUCAAAUUAAGAUUUCAAUAUCAAAAAGGUGAGUAAAGCCAUGAAAAAAAAUAUUACUUCAUUCUUUAGUCAUUCUAAAAUGUGUUCUAAAAUAAGGUUAAACAUUUGGUUAGGUUGAUUUUUUUCUUUUAAUCAUGUUUUUUGUACUUUUCCAAAUCUGUCAUAUUUGGCUUCGUAUGCAUUCCGUCCAAAAUAUAUUAUGUCAUAUUAUGUGGCUUGGUAUGCAUUCAAGGAUACUUUCGCUGAUUGUUCCAGUAUCGAUCCUGGACACUUUUAUCUCAAUGCUAAGCAUGUAAAUAUCAUAUCAUCAUCAAUAAAUACAGACUCAUGCUAUAUGCCACUGUAUGAUUUUUAAUUAGCCGUUUCAGAGCAAAUACGAAAGUCAGGGAAAGCUCUUAUUACCAAAAGACGUAGUCGUCUCUCAAAAACUUAGAAACAUCGGCAUCUCUGGAGUCUCCUCAGUAUUCCUGACUCGCCAAUUGCCGCAAAAAAGCUACGAAAAACUCCUGCAAGACAUCUAAAUUUUUACUUUGAUUCUGUACAAUGAUGGGAUUAGUCAUUACCGAAUUUGGAAGAAGAACGCCCGUCAGCUAUGCCUAUAUUGUUCCAAUUUCGUUCCUUCACGUUAUGUAAAAAAUAUAACGGGUUUUUAUGUUAUAUGACAAACGCAAUAUUGUUUUAAGCAAUUUCACGAAGUAUAAGUUGGCUGUGAUUCUGGGUGUUAUUUAGAUAUCCACAUAAAGUACUAACAUUUCGCCCGCAGCCUCGCCCGCGUUUUCAUAGAAAACCCCGCAUAGUUCCCGUUCCCGUGGGAUUUCCGGGAUAAAACCUAUCCUAUGUGUUAGUCCAAGUUA